CGUUCACGACAAACCAGCUUAAGUACUUCAAGGUAAUUACUUAUAUAAAGAUUUUUCAUGGAGAAAUGACAUGGAUUAGAGAUACGAUGUACAGAAGAGAAACAAUGACCGCAGCAGUACAGCGAGAGGGACAGCAACAUACUCAUUUAGCCUGCGGCGACGGCGACGACGACGAGGAGGUCGCCGGCGGCUGCGGUGCUGGAGGUGGAGGAGGAAUGAAGUCCAUAGAAGACUCUUCUCAUCACAUUGGCUACGACCAGAACCACCACGCGCGUUCUCACGCGCUCCACAACGGCGCCGAUGGUACCGUGGCUACUACCGCGGCGGCGCCGAAUGGUGUGGAAGGCGUUCCGCAUAACGCUCUGUAUGUCCCUGGCUCGGAAAUGGUUAGCGGAGGAAGUAGCGAUCAGCUUACGCUGUCAUUUCGAGGCGAAGUGUUUGUGUAUGAUGCUGUUUCUCCUGAAAAGGUUCAGGCAGUGCUGCUGCUGUUGGGGGGAUAUGAAGUCCCUGCUGGCAUCCCUACUGUCAAUAUGGCUUCCCAGAGUCAUAGGGCUUCAAGUGAGGGUCCUGGAAGAUUGAAUCAACCGCAACGGGCGGCUUCUUUGAGUCGUUUUAGGGAAAAAAGGAAAGAAAGAUGCUUUGAUAAAAAGAUUCGAUAUACUGUUCGGAAAGAAGUUGCACUUCGGAUGCAGCGAAAAAAGGGUCAGUUUACCUCUUCCAAGUCAGUAUCUGAUGAUGCAGCUUCUUCUUCUGCAGAGGGGAAUGCAGGCUCUAGCCAAGAAGAACAGGAAGCAUUAUGUAGACAUUGUGGAACUAGUUCGAAAUCCACUCCUAUGAUGCGUCGUGGACCAGCUGGCCCGAGGUCACUUUGCAAUGCAUGUGGACUUACGUGGGCCAAUAAGAUUGCAUUCUCAGAUUGCCAAUUGAUUGUUGCUUCUACAUCGUUUGUGGGUGGUUUUUCUCCGUUGGGCAGGAUAGCAUUCCACUUCAGAAUUUUUGGUGCGUGGCUCAUGCCAUCUUUUUGAAAAGGUUGUUGAAUGGAAGAGGUUUGACUGGAGCUUGAAGGGCUCAUCAUGAAUAUAUGAGGUUUGGGAUCAUUUGUGGUUGGGAGCUUGUAUUAUGUGUUUGGGCUAGGUAGGGUUGACCAAUUUUGGGGUUUGUAUGAAACAAGAAAUUCAUAUUUUCCUGGGCGGCUAAUGAACCAAUAGAUGAAUCUCCAUUUUCAUACUUUUUUUUCAGAACUCUUUUUGAGAUUUUUAUCCUUUGUUCUUUUUCUUUGGUAUGGUUCUUUUCCCGUGAUGUUCAUCCAAUUCAAUUUCAUCUUCAAGACAUUCUUGAUUGUCACACUCAAUAUCUUGUGUGCAAUGUCCUGUGAAGGGACAUUUGAACCACCUUAUAUCACUGCCUUCCUUAUUGAAUUAUUUUAUCAAAUCAUGUUCACUCAUGAUACAUGAGAGAUUUAACGAGAAUGUUUCUGGGGCAUUUUCUGUUAUAUGAGUGGAAGCAGGUUGGUACAUUUGAAAAGUGAAUGCUGUUUUAUUUGUUUUUUAAAGAUGAGAGUGUUCAAAACUUAUAGAAACUGUUUUGUCAUGUUUUUUGACAAAGGUUGAUUGAGAGUAUUGGAGAGGUUCAACUAGUUCUGUCAGUUUUUAAUAAUUUGUAACCCAUGAAUUAGGAAGAAUUUUGACUAGUUCUUCUCUAGCUAGUUGCCUUGGGAUUUGGGUGCACAUGGUAGCUUCGUUGGUGGCGUCUACAUUUAAAAGCAAAGCAUUUUCUCCACGUGGAAGAGAAGGAUCCAUUGUAUGAUUUUGAACCCACCAAGCUAUUUUAUAAUGUAGAGUAGUUUGUAUAACAUCUCUAGCUUGUGGAACCCCCUAGAUUUGGACUUGGAUCUUUAGCGCCUCCGUCAAAUACGGAUCAUACAUGUACAUGUUGAAGUUUGGGAAUAAAGUGACAAAAAUUGUCCCAGCAUUUAGUGUAAUUUCUGUGGUACCCAGAUUUGCAUGUUGGCACUCAUUGUAUCUGGUAUGAAGAAGUGAAAGGCGAGCUACAACCAGUUGGCCUUUCCUUCCAUGAUAUGUCAAUGCAGUCACAAUGGCUCCAAAAUGGAUAUGGGUCAAACCAUGAUUUUUCCACUAUUUAGGAAAAUCCUCAGGAAUUUGUAGAAUGAUAAACUGCAUGAGUUGCAAGUAUAGUGUGCUGGUCAAAUUUUGAGGCAACAACGUAUUCUUUAACUCCUUCAGGCUUCUGUUGGACCAAGGAACAAAUUUGUAAACCACGGAGAGCAUGUCUUUUUGGCAAAAAUGGAAUAUGGAUUUAGGAGGGGCAAGUAGGUUGAAGACACUUUAUUUUCAUUGGGUAUAGUAUCUAUUUCAUAGAGGUAAUCAUAUUUAUAUGAGAGGAUUUUAUUAAGAGUAGGAGACAUUUAUUUUUGCAAGGGACUUACAAGGAUUGGGCGAGGAUGGAAAUGUCUCAGACGUCUCAGAUUGGGCGAGGAUUUUCUUUUUGUAGUUUUUCUACUAUUUUGGUUACUAGUGCAUGCUUUCUCUAGAAACCUUCAUAAAAUUUAUUACUUUAUUUAAAAACUAUAAGGGUAAUUUUUAAUCCCCAUUAGUAUUUCAACCAUCAUAGUAUAAAUGGAAAAGGGUAAAAUAUGCCCAUAAACUAUGUGAAAUGAAUAAAAAUGUCCUCAGUUGAUAGUUUGUUCCAGAAAUGUCCUUGCCUUCAAUAGUGUGACCCAAAAAUGCCCCUUUUCAAAUAAA